CGGCGGAGCGGGGGAGGCGGCGCCGGCGGAGCCGCCCCGGGGAGCGGGGCGGCGGCGGGCGCGGAGCCGGAGCCCGAGCCCGUGGCCCGCGGCCGGGGCCAUGCGGCGGGCGGCGGCGCUGGUGCUGCUGGCGGCGGCGCUGAGCGGGGGGGGAGCAGCGCGGAGCUGCCCCGCACAGAGCCUGGGCUGCAAGUGCGGGACCGAGCGGCCCAAAGCCCCCGGCGGCCCCGCCGCGCCCCGCCGGAGGGUGGUCUGCAGCGGCGGGGGGCUCCCCGCGCCGCCCGAGCCGCGCCUGCUGCCCGACGGCACCGCCACGCUGCUGCUGAGUAACAACAAGAUCACGGUGCUGGAGAACGGCUCUUUCUUCGGGCUGCAGGCUCUGGAGAAGCUGGACCUGAAGAACAACCUGAUCAGCACGGUCCAGCCGGGCGCCUUCCUCGGCCUUCCUGAGCUGAAGCGCCUGGACCUCUCCAACAACCGCAUCGGCUGCCUGAGCGCCAGUGUAUUCCAGGGGCUCCCCAACCUCCUCCGGCUGAACGUGUCCGGGAACAUCUUCUCCAGCCUCCCGCCUGGCGUCUUCGAUGAGCUCCCCUCCCUCAAAGUCGUGGACUUUGCCACUGAGUACCUGACGUGCGACUGCCACCUGCGCUGGGUGCUGCCCUGGGCUCGCGGCCGCUCGGCGCAGAUUUCGGAGCGGACGGUGUGCGUGUACCCCCGGGAGCUCCGCGCCGUGCCCCUGCGCGGCACGCGGGACGGCCAGCUCCGCUGCGCGGGUGCCCCAGAGCUGCACACCCACCACCUCAUCCCGUCGCUGCGCCAGGUGGUUUUCCAAGGCGAUCGUCUGCCCUUCCAGUGCACGGCCACCUACCUGGACAACAGCACCCAGAUCCGCUGGUACCACAACCGGCAGCCCGUGGAGGGGGACGAGCGGGCCGGGGUCAUCGUGGAGGAGAGCCUCAUCCAUGACUGCACCUUCAUCACCAGCGAGCUCAUCCUGUCCAACAUCCACGUCUUGGCCACCGGCGAGUGGGAGUGUGCCGUCUCCACCGCCCAGGGCAACGUCAGCAAGAAGGUGGAGAUCGUGGUGCUGGAGACCUCCGCGUCCUACUGCCCCGCCGAGCGUGUCACCAACAACCGCGGUGACUUCAGGUGGCCGCGCACCCUGGCCGGCAUCACCGCGUACCAGCCGUGCCUGCAGCACCCGUUCGCAGCGGGGCCGGCUGGGGGGGGCUCUGCCGGCGGGGAGAAGCAGGCGUGGCGGCGCUGCGACCGCGCCGGGCGCUGGGAGGAGGGCGACUACUCGCACUGCCUCUACACCAACGACAUCACCCGCGUCCUCUACACCUUCGUGCUGAUGCCCAUCAACGCCUCCAACGCCCUGACCCUGGCUCACCAGCUCCGCGUCUACACUGCCGAGGCGGCCAACUUCUCGGACAUGGUCGAUGUCCUCUACGUGGCCCAGAUGAUCGAGAAGUUCAUCGGCUACGUGGACCAGAUCAAGCAGCUGCCGGACGUGAUCGUGGAGAUGGCCAGCAACAUCAUGCUGGUGGACGACCACAUCCUGUGGAUGUCGCAGAAGGAGGAGAAGGCUUGUUCCAGCAUCGUCCGCUCCCUGGAGAGGAUCGCCGCCCGCACGCUCGGCAGCAACGCCCAGCACAUGGCGGUGAACUCGCGCAACAUCGCGUUCGAGGCGUACGUGGUGAAGCCCGAGAGCUACGUGGGGCUGAGCUGUGUGGCUUUCCAGCGGCGGGACGGGGGUCCGGGUGGGCGUCCCCCCCCGGCUGAGCGGGGGGCUGAGCCCACGCCCGACCAGCAGCUGCGGCUGCGCUGCACCACGGGACGGCCCAACAUCUCCCUGACCAGCUUCCACAUCAAGAACAGCAUCGCCCUGGCCUCCAUCCAGCUGCCCCCCAGCCUCUUCGCCAGCCCCGUCCCGGCCGCUCCGCUGGCCGACUGCAAAUUGCAGCUGCUGGUUUUCCGCAAUGGGAAACUCUUCUGCAGCACCGGGAACUCCUCCCGCCUGGCAGACGACGGCAAACGCCGCAGCGUGGCCACCCCUGUCAUCUACGCUGGGACCUAUGGCUGCGGAGUGGGGAACCUCUCGGAGCCUGUGGCCGUGUCCCUGCGGCACCCCGGGGAGGGCGCAGACCCCGUGGCCGCAUACUGGAACUUUGAGGUGCUGGGGGGCAUGGGGGGCUGGAGCGCCGAGGGCUGCCAGCUGGCGUCGCGGGAGCCCAACGUCACCUCCCUGCACUGCCGCCACCUCAGCAACGUGGCCGUGCUCAUGGAGCUGAGCGGUUUCCCCAGCGAGGCGGGGGGUGCCGGGGAGGUGCUGCACCCCGCCAUGUACACCUGCACGGCCGUGCUGCUGCUCUGCCUCUUCACCACCAUCAUCACCUACAUCGUCAACCACGGCACCAUCCUCAUCCCGCGCAAGGGCUGGCACAUGCUGCUCAACCUCUGCUUCCACAUGGCCAUGACGGCCGCCGUCUUCGCGGGAGGCAUCACCCUCACCGGGUACCUGAUCGUCUGCCAGGCGGUCGGCAUCAUCCUGCACUACUCUUCGCUCUCCACGCUGCUGUGGAUGGCAGUGACGGCCCGGGUGCUCUACAGGGACCUGACCUGGAAGGCGCCGCGGCAGCCGGACGGGGACGCGUCCCAGCCGGCCCCCAGACCCAUGCUGCGGUUCUACCUGAUCGCUGGCGGGAUCCCCCUCAUCAUCUGUGGCAUCACUGCGGCCGUCAACAUCCACAACUACCACGACAACAACCCCUACUGCUGGCUAGUGUGGCGGCCCAGCCUGGGCGCUUUCUACGUCCCCGUGGCUUUCAUCUUGCUGGUCACCUGGAUUUACUUCCUCUGCGCCGCACUCAGCCUCCAGUGCCGGCCGUCGCACCGGAAAGAUGUCCCCGAGCCGCUGGAGCCACCGCCGCGGCUGGGCACUGCCGGGGACCUCCUGACCGACUCCGGGUCCAUCUCAGUGACACUGAACUCGGGGCCACCCUGUCCCGAGCAGGACGGCGUCUACUCUCUGCAGGUGCAAUUCCGGGCGCUGGUGACCACCCACAUCCUGUACGUGGCCCUAUGGACGUUUGGCGCCUUGGCCGUGUCCCAGCGCUGGUACCUGAACAUUAUCUUCAGCUGCCUCUACGGCGUCACCGCCGUGGCUCUGGGGCUCUUCAUCUUCACCCACCACUGCAUCCGGCGCCGGGACGUCCUCAACUCCUGGUUCUCCUGCUGCCCGUCCUACAGGAAUGCGCUGCCCAUGCAGGCGUACGUGCACCCCGGGCUGGCGCCGGGGGACGGCUCGCAGGUCUUCAUCGGCUGCGACCCGGAGCUGGCUCGCUCCGCGGCCUCCUCCUCCUCCUCGCCCAGCAGCGCGGGCUCGGCUGGCGGACGCUGCAAACUCACCAACCUGCAGCUGGCCCAGAGCCUGGAGCUGGACCCGGCCGAGGGCAGGACCGCCGGCAGCGCCCGGCACGCCGGCAACCUCCCCAGCCGCCGCGGCCACCGCGGCAGAACUAAGCCAUGCCGCGACGGGAAGCAUCACCGCUUGAAAACGCUGCGGGGCCCGUCCUCGGAGCAUCCCUCCAGCGAGAGCGGCAGCCUGCACAACAGCCACUCCGAGAGCUACCACAGCGGCAGGAACAGCCCCGGCAGCGGCGGCCGCACGGCCCCGCGGCCCCCCCAGGACACGGAGGGGGGUCCCAGCCCCUCGGAAGGCAGCGACAGCGGCCGGCGGGCGCCCGACCUGGCUGCGGCUCGCCGGAGGAGAGACAACCCGCGGCACGGCGCUGCCGAGCGCGAGGCCAAGCGCCGCUCCUACCCGCUCAACCUGGGCAGCCACAACGGCGGCCUCAAGGGCAGCAAGUACGACAUGGACCUGGGCGGCGCCGACGGUGCGGCCGGCAUGAAGACCGGCCUCUGGAAGAGCGAAACCACCGUGUGAAGAUGGAGAAGGACCAGACACCUGCAGCGCCGCAGAAUUUCCCUCCGGGAGCCGCAGCCGCGGUGCCUCGGGGCUGCGACGCUGCGGGAAUCGCCACGUGCACUAGCGGGACGGGCAGCGCGGCCAGGGCUGCGGCUCCCCCGGGCUGGGGCGGUGCUGAGCCCAGCCUGCUCCCUGGGGGCUCUGAGCAUCCCGGGGGUGCAGGGUGUCCUGGCUCCUGCGCAGCCCCAACGGCAGCCGAGCUUCGGUCACUGCUGCAUGGCACUUCAGACUGAUCCUAAAUGCUAUUUUAUAAUAUACAGAGGAAACAAAUGUCUAUUUUUCAAAGCUAUAUUAUUGAAUGUAUAUAUGUAGAGACAGAUCAGUGAGUGAUGCGAGUGCCUUGUUACCCACCAGUGUUCUCCAGGAGCGGGUGAGCCCCCCGGCACUUUGGCAAGAGCCCGCUCCUGCCGCGACUGCAAUAUUCCCGAAAACGGGACCAGACCAAGUGCCCUUCACACACCGGCACCGGCACCUGAGCGAGCUGCUGCUGAGCCACCCGGAGAGCAGCUGCUCCCCCGAAACCGGUGGAGAUGCUGAAGUUUUGGUCCGUCAGUGUUAGACGCCAGUGUUACGCGGCUGCCGAAGGAAAAGCCAUAUUGUGAAGCAAGCACAAGGUGAGAGGAGCCUCAGGCGAUGUCUGCACUGGUUUAACGCCAGACACUACAAUCUCGGCCAGAAAAGGCCUCCAAGCCCGCAGAGGCGUUGGCUAUGCAAUGGGCCGGGCUGGCAGAGCUGCCGCUGGAGCCGACACCGACCCUCCGCCAAAGCACCAAAGAGCCGAGCCCGGAGCGGGUCCUGAGCUGCCCCGGGGGCUGCACGCACCGACAAUCCUUGGGUUUGCUCUUCGGAGGGCAGAGAAACCCCCCAGGUACCAGCCUUGAGCUGAAGGUGCUGGGGCAGUUCCUGGGAGUGCGGGAGAAUGAUGCUGAUUAAUUAGGGACCCGGUUCAGUCGAAGGGCUGGAACUGGACAAGCACUUACUUUUCCCCAUUUCAAAACAAGUCCUCCUUUUUUUUUUUUCCCUUAGAAUGCAGAUUAAAACCAAAAAAGCCACGCUGCAGGUGCCGGAGCCGUCCCCCCAGCUCCUGAGGAGCCGAGGUGGGGAGCACCCAGCCCUGCGCUCCCCAGCCUCCCCCCAAUUCACAAUUCUGCGUGCAAAUGAGUUUAAUUAUCGCGCUACCUCCCGAGGGCCAGGCGGGGGCCGGGGGGAACCACGAAGCCGUGGAGGAAAAAGCACUUAGCGCUGGGUUCGUCUCGCGUUCGGAACCGCUCACCUCGGUUCUGCCGCGGCGUCUCUGCCCGCCCGGCGGCUCCAACCAGUGUUUAAUCCAACUCAGAUCCUUGUGUCCGUGUCGCAGCCCACGCGGUCGUGCUGAUGCUGAGCUGUUAUAUCUGCUUGCUGCACUGUGACAGUAUUAUAGAAAAAGCUUUGUAUUAUUAAUUACACUUUUUAUUUGUCUGUUUACAUUACAAGCGAAUGACAUAUCAACAGAGAGCUUCUGGCAAUAACCCAGGGGAGGGAGGGGAACGUAUGCCAAAGACAUGUCUUUAAAGGGGUCUCUUUUGCAUUUUUUUAUAUAAAUAGAAUGUUUCUAGCAGAUAUGUUUUGUUUAAUAUAUUAAAGAUUUGCCAAUCUGCCAA